AUGGCCAGUGAUGCAAAUCUUAACGUCAAAGAAGCUUUCCGGGAGAUGCAGCAUGGCUCUCAUAUCGGUAAGCUGGUUCUCCGCUUCACGACCGAAUCUCGAGCAUCAAUUAUGCCGCCAAAUAUGGCUCCCUUGAGCCUUAAGCUAGAUGCGACUUACCUACGAGUCGGCGGUCUUGGCGGGCUACGGCGCCCAGGCAACGACAUUCAUGGCAGAACAUGGUGCUCGUCAUCUAGUCUUUGUUUCGCGCUCUUGAAGCGCUCGACAGGAGGCUACACAUCCUACAUUCCUGGAAUUCACCCGAGAUAG